AUUUCAAUGUCAUUGUCCGUGACUAAUCGCUUGUUCAUGUGACCUUGUCUGUAUGGAAGCUGCUGUCUUAGGCAUCUCUACACGGCAUAUACUCUCUCCUGUCUCCCUCUCUCCUCAACAUUGUUUACACCGAAUCACAAGCAUUUGUUUUUUUGGUUUCUUCUGUACUUGGACAGAGCUUCCAGUCAUGUCUAAUUGACCCCAUUUUAACAUAUUAUUUAGCCAAGAAUGGCUGAUGAGCACAUACAUUAUAGCAAGCAAUUGGCAGCAAAAAUUCAUAUAGUUUCGAAAAAAUCUUUUGCUUUUAUUCUUUUCUAUCGUAUAUACCUCAGUAGGAUGAGUACUUCUUAUAUAUUAUUCAAUAAGGUUUUGUAUUCAAUGUGAGAUAACCAUCAAUACCUUGACAGAUGAGAUUCUCUAAGACUCUUAACUAUUUGAUGCCAAAAAAUUCUUGCUUUGUUAUUUGUUCUUUGCAUAAAUGCUAAAUUUAUACAUGUAACCUCGAUACUAAAGACAAUACCGAACGGUAUAGGUAUAAUAAUAAUGAACAGCAUAUGUAUAGGUAUAACCAUCUCUCCUUUAUGGCUUACCUAUUUUGCAUUUUUAUGUAAAAUGACUAACCAACAUGUCAAUGACAUAUUAGAAUUAUGUAAAAUCAAUGCAAAUAACAUAUGAGCUAAAGUCAUUCUCUACAUUUAUAUUACAUGCAUUAUUCAUCUAUGUAAACAUUUUUUUUCUUAUUUCUUUCUUGAUAUUUCUCACUUUCUCUCUUUUAUUUAUAUAAUAUGAAAAAGUUAUGACAUCUGAGUUUCCCAUGAUGCAGGUGGAACAAGAUCCCAGAUUACCAGGGAACUCAAUGAGGGUCAAAUUCUGAGAAAAUUUCAUACUCACGUUUACCAGCUAUUGGAAGUAACUCUACCCUUAAAGUCAUUACCAAUAAAUGGGUCCAUUGCUUCAAGCCAAACGCACUCAAGGGUCAUUUUCCCUCCAAAAUUUAAUAUUUCAGAGCGUGUGAUUUCAUCUCCAAUCAAAUAUAUAUUGAGUUUUCUUCACAAGUCAUAUUUUCAUUUAAAAUUUUGAGUCGGUAGAUAUCCUAGCCAGACCAAAGGUUUAAUAUGAUACCUAAACUCAACCAGAGAUAAUCUAUAUACCAAACCAUGGUUAUAGCAACAAAACUAGUUCUAAUGGUUCGUGGUAUCCUGUUUCAAAGCAUUGCUGCUGUCAUUGUGGACGUAAUGAUCAUUAGUUCUGAUAAUUUGUUUAAUACCCCCACCUUUCAGAUCCACAUCUGCAACAACCAAAGUUUUGGGGUGUUGGGCUUGGUCUUCUCUUUACAUCUGCCUUUGUUUGUUCCUCCAGAUCCUCUCUUUUUUUUUCUCUCUUUCUAGUUGUUUCUUUUAGUUUAUCUAAUACACCAAUGUAUAUCAACAAGAUGUUUUGAUCAGUUCGGCUUGUUUUUCUCUAUUUCCUCUUCUUCUCUCUUCUGUCAUCGCUUCCAUAUCUUCUAUUCUUUCCUAAAUCUUUCAGCCUAAACCCAUUCUGCAGCAAGAGUUUUUUUUUUUUUUUCACCUCAAGAGAAUUUGUAAAUACAUACCUCUCUUUCUUCUCUUGAUUUCUUGAAUUUGUAGAUACAUACCUCUUUUUCUUUCACAGAUCUUCCCAAAACUUGCAUAUUUGGCCAAUAAAAAGUUCUAUGUUUCAAUAGUGGCAGAGUAUACAUACUAUGUGUUCUUCAUGCAGGAUCUAAGGUGAGUGCUUAUAAUUCAAAACCAUAUUCUUUACUGUCAUGUUCAAUUCCGUCUCACAAAGUUAUGACAAAUCAGGCAAUGAAGGAAGGUGAUAAAGAAAAAUCCCUCUUUGCUUCUAUGCACAAACCACCUGCAUCAAAUGGCAGACCAAGCAGUAUGGUUGUUAAGAAAGCACAUACUGUGAUACCUGCUCAUAUCGUAGCCGAAGCCAUAUCAACACUCCAUGGUCUUGACCUCAGAUGGUCAGGCCCGAUCACGCCAACAGAAAUGCGGUAUGUUGAGCAGUAUGUCUUAGCAAAGUAUCCAGAGUAUGCCGGGCUAGUGGAAGGAGAAAAGAGAGAUCUCUCUGGUCUUUGCAUCAAUGAGGAGCCUUCAGAUACUACGUUUGAUGAUAGGCGGAAGUCCCCUAGGGGUAGUUUAAGAGACCCUUCCACCCCUACUUUUGGAAGCAGUCAUCCUGAUUUGGAUAGGACCCAGUUGGAGCCAUCAAGAUUGCUUGAUAUUCUCACCAAGAAAUCCACGUUUCCCGGAAGUUUUAUCUCGAUCCCUGAAAUCCAAGCUCGAAACAAGGUUUUGAAGCACUGCGGAUUAUCCGAUGAUGACUAUCUUGUACUCUUCACUCCCAGCUACCAGGAUGCCAUGAAGUUAGUUGGGGAGAGCUACCCUUUCUUCAAGGGAAACCUUUACAUGACAGCUAUAGGGGAAGAAGAACAAGAAGAAGACUGCAUAAGGGAGUUUGCAAUUUUCAAGGAGUCCAAAGUGAUAUCAGCACCUAAGGAUUGGCUGGAUUUGAGGAUAAAGGGAUCACAGCUUAGCCAGUAUUUUAGGAGGAAGUGUAAGCACAGCCCAAAAGGACUAUUCGCUUAUCCUGCCGAUAUUAAUGGGACUCGUUAUUCAAUGCAUUGGGUUUCAGAAGCCCACAGGAACUACUGGCAUGUUCUGCUUGAUGCUACCGCACUGGUUGUAGGGGAGGAUAGGUUGAAUCUCGCACUCCACCAACCAGACUAUGUAUUGCGUAGUCUUGACAAUGCACAUGCUAAUCCUUCAAGGAUCACUUGCCUCUUGGUCAGAAAGAAAUCCUUUGACACCACAACAGCUUCAUCUCAGGCAAAUGAGUGAGAAGGAGAGAGAGUUCUUAAUCUGAUGCUAACACGGCUUUGGAUCAGAGCAACUGAGUUAACGAGGUUUGAUUGACAUUGUCUUGUAGGAUAUGUUUAAACUGGUGUAGCUAUAUCAGUACAUUUUAGCAGCUUGGACAUUUACAUUAAUACCGUUUUUCAAGAAAUACCAGAUAAGUCGUUAGCUGAUUAUGAUA